AGAAUAUCUGAAGGUGGAGCUUUGCAGAGUUCCUCUUGUUUCAUUGACAGUUAAAACAUUAUAUGCAGACAGCACACAGCAGUGAAGCUGUGGUUUACCCGCUGUCGCUGUCACUGCUCAUUUUGAGGUUCACCUAAACAUGAGUGACAUUAACCGUCUCUGUCUGUGGACUCUGAUACUCAUACAUGCAGACACUGUGCUUUGUAGUACAACGCCCACUAAGAUUUUGGUGCGAGAUGUGGGAGAUGCAGUGGUCCUCUCCUGCCUGGUGGAGCAGACCACACUUCCACCCUUUGGGGUUUACCUAAAGCGCUCAAAGCUGCUGCCCCGUGAAGUCCUGUUCAAGUACGAGAACACAGAGGCACACAUACUGGAUCCGGAGUGUCAGAACCGGACCAGCGUGAGCGGAGACCCCAACAUUCACGCAGUCAAUGUGACCAUCACAGACCUGCAGCCUUCAGAUACAGACCAAUACCACUGCGAGUUCAAUGUGCACAACCCGGACUCUGCAGACACAGUCCAGCGUGGGACCACUGACUUUUUCCUCUUGGUCAGAGGAGUUGUGGAUGUUGACAGAGACUGGGUUAACACUUGUGUUGGGGGCUCCGCUCUGCUGCCCUGUGUGUCUCCUGUGGAGGACAGUUCUGCUGUGGAGGGUGUGGUCCUGAAGAGACAGAGGGGGCGGUGGCCUGUAGAGCUCUUGUACCACUCCAAGCACACAUCAUGGUCCUCACGCUACUUUGUGGACAGGGUUCAGCUGAGUACUGCCCCAGGACCGGGGGGUAUCAGCUACAGCCUGACAGUGGGAGCUCUGCAGCCCGAGGACAGUGGGCUGUACAGCUGCCAGCUGCUGCUGCAGGGUCGGCCUCAUAGUCUCUCCAUGGGCCCACAGGGGCGCUAUGUAUCUGUGCAAGAUGACCAGUGUGGCUGCUCCAGUUACUCCACUUUGAUUUAUGCAUUGUCUGCAGCUGUGGCUGUCACAUUUACCCUACUGUUGGUGACCGUACUUGUGCACAGAGUAAAUAACUUGCGUGCAACAGCAACACCUGCCCCUCCUCCCAUCUAUGAAGAGAUGACAGGUCUGCAGCCCCUGAGCUCCAAGAGGUCCAAGGGCCACGCAGAUGAGCCACAGUCCGAGUACAGGAACAUUUCCCUGAAUGACCCUCGCCUAGAGAACCACUACGAGAGUCCAAAUGGCGCCAUCAUUUACAAAGAUGAGUGACUGAAAUGGACUCUGCCUGAUAUAUAGGCAGCUUUCUUCUGGUUUCAAAGGUUAAGAUAUAACUAAAAAAAUAACAAAAAAUAUAAACAAAACCAAAAAAAUUACACCAGGAAUAUACUGUAAUUUACAAGCCAUAUUGAAUUGUAUUAUAUAUGUGAAGGUCUUUUUAACUUAUGCCCUACCAAAUGAAUCUAGAUUCACAAGUGUUAAAUUAAAGUUAAAUACCUCAUCACUGAGCUUCAGAUUUAUUGAAGACAUUGGACUUGGAUAAGUGUAACUCCCUGUUUUACGGUUAUGUUUGUUUUAAAUAUUCUAUAAUAAUUUGUAAUGAAGUUUGAAUCUUUUUUCUAUUUUUCCAUCCAAGAAGUGGUUAUGCUUUUGUGUUUUGUAUUCUGUGGCAUUUACAGUUUUUAAUUGCUUUGGCACAUUUUCUGAAACUUUUCUUUUUUAAUCUUUUGUGCACUUUGCAGAUACAAAACAGUUUAGAAUGUUUGAAAAAUUUAACUAAACAAGAUUAAAUUAAAAUGAAACAAAAUGUAGAACAGUCUUGUAAAAAAACACUUGUAAAAAAACCACUUAGUGGUUCAAAGACAAACACAGUCAUUAGAGUUAUAAACGUAUCUAAUCAUCCAGAUAUUGUCCAGAGAAUAUUACAGCACGUUUAGUCGUGUAGCGUGAGGAAGUCACAGACCCGUAUGACUAGUACCACACUGGAAAUGCUGUAAAUAUCUGCAACAUUACACAAUCAGUUAUAGAAAAAAGCAAAAGUUCAAAUCUUUAGCAGUUGUUAUCUGAACUGUCUUGGACUUGGAACCUCAAAGUGUCUACACAUAACUACAGAAUUCUUUUAUAUUGUAAUUUCUAGUGUUUCUCUGUUUAUAAAGUCAAUAUUUUCAUUACUUUAAGUUCAGUUUUGUCCUUUGUGUCUAUAUACCGGAACUCUGUACUAAACUAAUACUGUUGAUCCACAUAUGAAUGACUGGACACUUUUUUAUAUCACAUGAACUAUGAAAACAAUAAAGGAGAUGACAAUAUUACAGCCAAGAAAA